AAAGGUUGUUUAGUUGUUUCUGAAGUCUCAUCCUUUGUGGGUAACAUGCAGAAAUAACUAGUUUAAAUUAUGUGUAAUUUCACAAAAACUAAACAAAUUCUGCAGUUACAGUUUGCAUUUGACAGUGCAAUCCUUAAAUGGAAUUUGUAUAAUAGAAUUGAGUCUUUGCCACAAACUCUGAUUUUCUAAUCUCAACAUCUUAGCAAUCCAAUGUUUAAGAUCUUAGAUAUUUCAAACUAUGAAUUCUGUUAGACCAAAUACUCUAAGUUUAAGAUGUUAAAUGAGCACACUAUCAGGAUGCAAAGAUACAGGGAUGAGAAAAUUUGAAUUUAUGGCAAAGGCAUAAUUCCUUCAGGGACCUAAAGUUUAAAAAUGUCUACGCCUAAAGCUGCACUUGAGAAGAUAGGUGCUCCCCUGGGUGUUAGUAUUGACUCCCUGGAUUUUGCUGAACUAAUGGAUAAACAGGAUGUGUUGGCGGAGACAAGGAAGCUCUUCGUUAUUCCUAAACUUGGAACUAUUCCUUGCGAGACUAUCGGAGAUCCGGAGCAGGAUUGUGUUUAUCUCCUUGGGAACAGUCUUGGCCUUAAACCUAGAAAAGCAGAUAAGUAUAUGGCUGAACAGUUGGAUGCCUGGGGAAAUAAGGGCAUUUUCAUGCACACUAGUGGUAGAGUACCAGCAGCAUACGCUGACGACCAGCCAGCUAAACAUAUUAUAGCCAGUAUUGUUGGAGCAGCUGAUGAAUCUGAGGUUGGAAUAAUGAACGGGUUGACCGUCAACCUUCAUCUUCUUAUGCUGGCCUUCUAUAAACCCCAGGGAACCAGGAACAAGAUUAUUAUUGAAGAUCAUGCUUUUCCAUCAGACAGAUAUGCUGUUAAAUCCCUGAUGAGGGUCCUGGGAGUGUCUGAGGAUCAGUUGAUUAUGCUCCGGCCCCGGGAGGGAGAGUAUAUUCUCCAGACUCAAGAUAUACUCAAGGUUAUCGAGGUUGAGAAGGAUAAUCUUGCUCUGAUUAUGCUUCCUGGAGUUCAGUAUUAUACAGGACAGAAACUUGACAUGGAGGCUAUAACAAGGGUUGCAGUUGACCUGGAUAUAAGGAUAGGAUGGGAUCUAGCUCAUGCAGUUGGUAAUAUACAACUCAAGAUGCAUGAGUGGGGAGCAGAUUUUGCAGUUUGGUGUUCAUACAAGUACUUGAACUCCGGAGCUGGAGGUAUAUCUGGAGUUUUCUUUCAUAAUAAACAUCAUAACAAUCCUCCAUCUCAUCUACAGGGCUGGUGGAGCAAUAAACAGGAGACACGAUUCGAGAUGAGAGAGAUAAUCGAUGCAAGUGUCGGAGCUGAAACAUUUAGGUUGUGUAAUCCUCCUCCUUGGUUAGCUGCUCUUCAUCUUGCAAGCCUAGAGAUAUUCAAGGAGGUGGGGAUGAAGAAAAUAUUAGAAAAGCAGUUCCUGCUCACUGGAUACCUAGAGCACCUUCUAACCUUGAAAUUCUCGGAUAAAUUGGAGAUUUUAACGCCUAAGAAUCCUGCUGAGAGAGGUUGUCAGUUGUCUCUUGUAUUUAGAACUAAGGUUGAGAAGGUGUUUGCUCGGCUCCAGGAGAAAGGUGUUAUCUGUGACCUGAGAGGUCAGGUGAUGAGGGUUGCUCCGGUACCAUUGUACAACACGUACAAGGACGUGUACAUGUUUACAAGAAUACUUGGAGAAACGUUGUCAGCACAAAAUGUUUUGUAAGGGUUGCUAACAGAGGGUGAGGCUUUAACGAAACCCCUAAAAUACUUUCUCACGUCCUGCAAUCUUACAGCUGCAAUAAACCGUGAAGUUAACAUGAAUAAUGAUUAUCUACAACUACUUACAGGGAAGUUAAUGGAAUUUUACUUAACCAAGGUUUCCCCAGACCAAGUUUGUCUACAAAACAUCCAGAGCGUAGCGUAAUUAAAAGUAAAAUUUCUAUUUUCCCGAAAAAUUAAUUGUACACAAUUAUAUCGUCUUUCAUGGAGAAAUGCGCGAAUUUUGUCAUGACAAUUUUGCAGAGUGGGAGGCUAUUUUAACAUCCCGCUGUUGAGGGAAUCAUGGGUCGUUAAAGUUGGUUCAAAGGCGUUAAAAAAUAUCAUUCUUUGUGGGUUUCCCUGUAUAGUGUCUAGCUAUGUAUAUUCGAACAGGGUUGGAUUUAUAUAAAUAAAUAGAAUUCUUGUUU